GGGACCGUCGCUUCAGCGGUGGCGCGCGCGGGACGCGUCUCUGUUAUAAGCGGGGUCCCGGGCAGCGCGCGCUCAGUGUGCCCGAGUGUCCUGUGUUGCGUGAGCGCACUCCAGCAAGUGUCCACACAUAUCACGGUCCGUACUCGCUCGACAUCGUCUUCACUGACAACAUGCAGCUCGUCUUCGCCUCCAGCCUGCUGCUGCUCGCGGCGGCCAUCGCGCCCACAACAGCUCAAAGGAUAACGACGAUACAACUGGAUGGCGUCCAGUAUUUCAUAUCGAGAAUGAACCCGUACAGCCCAGAACUCAACUACUUCCUAGCAUACCAGUACUGCAGAUCACUAGGCCUCCAACUAGCUUCAUUUGAAACAAAAGAAAAAGCGGACUCCAUAACUACGUAUCUCUUAAAUGCAGGGUACAACAAAUACGACUUCUGGACGUCUGGCAAUAAUCUAGGCACUGACAUGUACCUGUGGAUGAGCACGGGCUUGCCAUUCAAUGCCACCUUCAACUAUAUGCGGAGAAUGAGCAAUGUCACCCCCUACCAGCACUCGGACGAUAGCAUGGACCCCGUCGACCUGCCUCAGGGUAGCACUGCACCUCAGCGUACCGCCAGGCAUGGGUAUUCCAGGACCGAGCACGUGAUGGCCAACGGGUGCGUAGCACUCAAGCAGCCCGACUUCCACUGGGAGCCACAGCACUGCGGGGAGAUCAAGGACUUCAUCUGCGAGCAGACGCGCUGCUACUACUACAACUACGGCUCCAUCCCCGUGUCCUCGGCGCAGGGGAAGCCGUUGUCCCUGACGACGACGACGACCGCGCACCCGCUCACCUCGUCGUCGCCGCCGCCUCCGCGCUCCGAGCACCUGCCCACCCACUUCAACAUCAGCGUGCUCUUCGACAAGCUGCAGCCCUCAGCCCUCGAUGGCCUCCGCUCGCCGCACCUCAAGUCGGGCUCGCCCGCCAAGGCCUCCCCGCAGAUAGACUCGCACUACUCGCGUGCGGCCGACGCGCGCAGCCACGAACAGGAGCAGGAGAAGGAGGAGCCGACGCAGGGCCCGUAUGACAAUGAGGAGGGCAUGGUGGGCGACGACGCGGCCGCGUACCUCGCGCAAGAGGCGGGCGCCGCGGGCGCGGCAGGUGAGGGCGCGCCCUCCACCGCCGAGCCGGACGCCACCGAGCAUUCCGUCCACGCCAGCGGCAUGCUGGCACCUCCGCGCUACUAGCGUCCGGCUCGACGGCCUCAAGUGUACACUAUUCUCGACGAUUAGCUAUAUCCUCUACCAAAAGUAUUAUUCAUAUAAAACGGCGCGCGUGUAGAGCAUUAAUAAGACUUAGCUUGCUUCGAUAAAGAUGCAUUAACGCAUCAGUAAAUCCAUAUUACAUAAAUGUAAAUGAGAUUUAUUACUACUAGAUAUUGUUUAUGUAUAAUUACAGUAAGUGGGGAAUUUUAAGGUGGUUAUGGUGGUAGUUGCGUGAAGACGGCGGCGACUCGUAUGCGACUCGCCGCCGUCUUCAGACCUGCGGCGGAGGUCGCACGGAACACGUGACGCACGCGGUGCGGUACCUACACUUCACUCGUGACAAAAAUAUAAUGCGCGUUAGAUCUCCGGUAUUACAUUUAACCGUAAAACGUAGAAUUAUUUAAGAAAAUUGACGCUAAUUAUUAUCGGUCUGGACAUAUCAUUCGGAUUAGUGAUUUAAGAUUAUGUUUAUAUUACGCGACGAAACUAGAUAAGUAUAAUAAGAUGGAAUUCAAUUUUAAGAUUAGGCGAUGUAGUAAGUUAAUAAAUAUAAAAAUUGUAAUAA